AUGUCUAACCAGAGCUACUACGGAUACACCAACUCCUACAACGGCCCUCAACAGCCCCAAUACGCUCAGCAACCCACAUAUGCCCAGCAGCCCACGUACAACCAAGGCCAGGGUGGUUACCCUCAGACCUACCAGCACGGGUACGACAACCGAGCACACUAUGCAGGCCAGGGCCAGCAUGAAAUGGCACCCGGUCCCGAUGGCGAACGUGGACUUGGAGCCACACUCGUUGGAGGUGGCACCGCCGGAUGGGCUGCUCGAAAGAGCGGCACUGGCAUGCUCGGCACCCUUGCCAGCGCUGCUGCAGGUGCCAUUGGCGCCAAUCUACUCGAGAACAAGCUGAAGAAGCAUAGCAAGAAGCACAACAAACACUAA